UGCUUUAAUUACAAACCUAACACCUGCAAAGAAAAAAAAGAUGAUAAGGAAAAACAAGAGCACAUUAAGCCACACAUACCUUUGGAUCAGACAAAAACUGUCACCAGUGAAUAAAUUUGUCCAACUAUUUUCACAUUGAAAGUCCCACCAUUUCCCUAAUCUGCGGUAAUUUGUUUCAUGGAUCAGAGCACUUCCCACUGUGCUGGUUGUGGUUUAAACUGGUUGAUUGUUUUACCCCUCGCAGCCUUUUAUAUCUUCACCUCUCCUGCAUACGUCAGUUCUGAUUACGACUCGGGUUUUGGUUACAUGAUUGGAUUUACCUAUCCCUGUGGAAAAAUCCCCUUGCAAGGCAUAGUUUUCAUCCGUAUGUACGUGUGCAGGACCUGCCUCCGUUAGCUUGCAAUCACAAAUGUUGGCCUAGAACUUGAGCUUAGAAAAGAAUUCCCAUUAAAGAAGCAGCUUAAGUUAGCUAUUUCAUGGUACAUUUGUAUAAUCUUGCAAUAGAUUUUUGUGCACUUAGCAGAGUGGAGGCCGAUCCUGCAGACAAGAGGCUCAGAUUCAAUGAAAUGUCCAUCAACCAAUGCCAAACUGGUGUUGAUGAUAACCCAGACAUCCCUCCUGAACUCUUUGAUAAUGACAGAUCAAAGUUGGCCAAGAAAGUGCUGAACAACAAGCAUAGUCCGCUCAGUCAGGAGUUUCUGAAGAAAGGAGCGCCCCCUGGUGUCCGCGCUGAACUCUGGAGACAAACUCUGGGAGUGGAAGUAGAUCAAAUAGAUCAGUUAUACUAUGAGCAGUUGAAGUCCUAUGUGGUGCAGCAUGAUCUCCUGGUAGAUAGUCUCAUUUAUAAGGAUGUUAAACUGACGGCUACAAAUGAUGACCAGUAUUUUGUGUUUGAAGACUACAUAUAUCAGGUUUUAUUCCCCUUUUCCCGAGAUACCCAAGUCUUGGACCACUUUAAACACAGCAGUGCCAACCCCCCGAAGUCCUACAUCCGCGGCAAGCUAGGUGUGGAGGAGUUUGCAGUUCACUAUCCUCCCAAUGGUGUUAUUCCAUUCCACGGGUUUGCUAUGUAUGUGGCUCCUCUGUGCUACAUCUAUGAUGACCCAGUAGUCCUGUACUACGUAUUCAGAGAGCUCUACAUGAGGUAUUUCUUCAGACUUCACCAGAUCUCCUCUCAUCCGCAGAGUAUUGUGUCUUUGUGUCUUCUGUUUGAAUCUCUACUGCAAUCACAAGAACCUCAGUUAUUUCUGCAUUUAAAGACCAUACAGGCUCAGCCGCUGAGAAUUGCAUUUAAGUGGUUAAUACGAGCAUUCUCAGGUUACCUUGAUAGUGAACAGGUCUUGCUGCUAUGGGAUAGAGUACUAGCUUACAACUCACUGGAGAUACUGGCAGUGUUAGCUGUGGCAAUUUUUUCAUUUAGGAAGACCAAUCUCCUACAGGUUGGAACAGCUUCUGCAGCAGAGGGUGUAUUAGCAGACAUCACAACUCUAAAAGUUGUUCCACUGAUACAGCUCAGCCUCUUCUCCACGUGAAACUGAACCAAAGAAAGUUGAAAGUUCAGAGUGACAUGUGAUAUAAAAACAGAGGCUGCAGUAGCUUUCUCUCUGCAGGCUCUCACACGAAAUUUAGACUAAGGAAAGAAAAGCUAUAGUGUACAAAACUCAUCUUUCAAUCAUUUUAUUGUCAAAUUUGUAAGCUAAAGAUUGGUGUAAGCUUUGGCACCAAUAAACUCAAUGAGAUCAUUUUCACUAUGAUCAUCUUUAAACUCUGAGAACUCUGUACAACUAAUGUAGUGAUAUAUAAAUAUUUUACAACAAAAUGAAAGCUAACUUUUAUCUUCUCCAAAGAGGACUACAACUAAAAGAAACCUUAAGUUUCUAAAUCUCACAAAAAGAUGUUACAGAUAACAUCUAAUCAAUAAUAAGAUGAUGAAUAUCAUCCUCUGUAAACCAGAACUUACACUGGUCAUUUCUUUGCAAGUUUUUGAGUCUUAUGAAUGGAACUAUCUUCACAGAAAGAUUUAACAAAUAUUGAUCAAUCUUCCAAUUAAAAAUAAAGUUCUGCUCCUAAUAUGAACCCAACAUCGACAUUUUCUUCAUCUAUAAAAUGACAGUGCAUAUCUGUGACAUCAAAACAAGCACCAAACACCUCUGUAAGGGUUCAUUCCCAAUGGAGCUAUCGUUCUAUGUUGACUGAUCCAACACUGCAGGGACUCCCUGAAUUCAAUCAGAUUAACAAGCCUCCUCAUUUCCAACAUGCUCAUAUCAUCACCAGCUUUUCUGGACUCUACUUAAUACCAGAAGGUGUGUAAAUCUGAUUGCACUCAGCAAGAGUCCCUGCAAAGUUAGAUCUAUCAAUGUAACAGUCUCAUUGGGAGCGAUCCCGGAGAGUGCCCCCUGGUGGCAGCAAGGAGAUGCUUGUUGACAUUAGGAAAUGUCACUUUUGCUACUCUCAUAUCCACUGUGACAAGGUUUUACGGACAAGAUUUCAUUUAACCCUAAUUAAAUACAAAAAAAAAACACAUUUUACCCUUUAAAUUACGAAAUUUUAAUCAAG